AUGACGAAUGCGCUUUCGCGCUCGUAUACUAUUCAAGCUGCUCAACAUGUAUCACCUCCAGACUAUACCAUUGCUAGCCGGAGUCCCGUACCCGCAGUGCUGUACAUCGCCACAGUCCAAGAGUUAGACGCAGCACUCGCUGACUUCGAAGGCCCAUAUGGUUUUGACUGCGAGUGGAAGUGUAUGCCGGCGUCCAAUCGUAUCGCCCUCGUCCAACUUAGCAAUGGGUCCAAAGUACUCCUGAUCCAUGUUAGCGCAAUGCCAGAGUUCCCUUCUCGGCUGAAGGCCCUUCUCGAGGACGCCACAGUGGCGAAAGUAGGAGUAUUUGUUGAAGGCGAUGGCACAGGCUUGAAGAAUGACUACAACGUUUCGGCGAAGAACUUGGUCAACCUCGGCCCUCUAGCAUGGCGGGUCGACGAGCGCUUCAGAUAUUUCAAUCGACCCAGAGGCACAUCCCUUGCGAAGACGGUGGUACACUUCUUGGGCCAAGUGCUUCCUAAGGGGCCCGUGAGGAUUGGGAACUGGGAGCGACGGCCGUUGACCGAAGAACAACGCGAGUACGCCGCGUGCGAUGCCCACUGUGCCUGGGAAGUUUACAAACUUCUCAGUGAUCGAGCCAAAGCGGGCAACAUUAAUUUAUCCAAUUGCGGGCACGUUGUUAAUCUGGAUACGGUCGUACCCUACGAGUUCCCGGACUCGUAUCCUCUCGCGCAGCACACUGCGCCUUCGGGGCUCACCGACAAUGAGUAUCAUGCAUACGUCAUGUGGUACCAGGGCUACAGCGCUAUCGACAUCCUGCAGACGAUGUCGAAGUACCAAGUCUCCGAUUGUCCCUCAGACGAGGUUGCCGUCAUCUCGCUCGUCGUCAGCGCGCUCGCUGAGUGCGCCGCUCUACCCUUCGCAGUGGACGACCUCCGCGCUUUCAUCGAAGGUAACCCCCAGGCUCUCAAACAGCACGAGGUUUUCCUCGCCAUGCGAUGCCCUGCACCCGUUGUCGAGGCCGAGCCGGUAGCCUCGUCGUCAACGCCAGCGGUAGCGGGCAAGAAGCGCAAGGCUCGCGAGCGUACGCCGGAGGACUACGACGUGGUUGAGCCGAGUACUACACCUGGUGCUACGCUGACAGCCGCACUUCCAAUACCACGACGCCGCUCUGCCAGACUGCAGGCUAUAUCGUCGCAGGAGUCUGACGGCUCGAGACCCCUCAAGCGCGCGCGAACCUCCACAUUCUAA